AAAAUCCGCGGAAACACGAACGAAAAUCGAGGAAAAAGCCGCAUUUUCAAACGCACGAUGGGUGGAAUAAACAAGAAAAAAUCAAAACUUCCAGUGCCUAAAACCAAACAGAAGAAAAAGAUAAAACAGUGGAAGGAAAGUGCCGAAUCGCCGGCAAAGAAAUCCAAAAAGCCACUACCACAGAUUGCCGGCAAGCAGAAAAAGACGCCGGCCGUAUCGCACAAACCGAAGAACUUUGUAACUGCUCCGCCAAAAGAUGAAUCAAUGGAUUCGGAUGAUGAACAGCAAGAGACCAGUACCGUGGUGGCCACAUUUGCAACCCCCCGUAUCCCCGAUCCGAAACUAUCACCGAAACUGGUGACGAUGUUGCGGCCGGUGGUGGGCUACAUCUACAAUGAUGAACAGAUGUCGUUGAAGAUGAGCUUCGAACAGGCCGCGCUACUGUUGGAACCGGAUUACAACGAAGAGACGAAGGUUUUCCGGUUUCUGGUCAACACGAAGGAAGUGUGCCGGGCGGUCGGAGAGAAGAACGAAGCACACUCGGAGGCACGCGAGAAGCUCGUACAGAUCGUUCGCUACUAUUGCUAUACCGUGAAGAAAGUGAAGGAAUAUUUCACUAGAAGAAAAAUCUUCUACACCCGACCACCGAAGGCAGUGCUGGCGGAGAGCACCGAAACGGCCACCAAGGGAAAGAAGCUGAAGGAGGAAAACAUCGGAUUUCAGAUGUUACAGAAGCAGGGCUGGAGUGGUGGUGGUCUGGGUAGUGGUGAGGAUGGUAUCAUUGAACCGAUCACCGCCAUGAAACGGAAGGGCAAACAGGGCCUCGGAACGGAUAAUGCCACCGAGGAGGCUGGCGAGACGGAGGAGAAGGUGAAAAUCCCGCUCGAAGCAUUCUACCUGGUAAUCCAGGAGUACGCCGGUGUGAAUGCCUUGUACGAUCUAGUGUUUAGUUCGCAGUUUGCUCGCGAACAGGUGCGCAAGUUGCGCGAAUUUGCACAAUCAAAAAAGCUGCAAACACAAAUGGUUGGACAGAAGAAGAAGAAGAAGCUCGUCAUCAGCAAACCUCUGACGAUCUCCGAGAUCAUGGUUGGCGUUCUGAAGGGUCAUUCCGAUCUCUGUGCCAAGUACAUCGUUAUACCACCGGCCUCGAUGGCUGACGGUGCAGCCACAUAAUACUCGACUGCAUAGAGUAUUUCGAUUUUAAGGUAUUGAAUUUCAAUGUUGAAGUGGAAUAAACGUUUCUGCGAUGUACCGGUCCUUUUUUG